AUGCGGCUGAUCAAUCUCGAAACACUGGAGCUCGAAGAGCUGAAUGACAACAACUUGCCAGAGUAUGCUAUCCUGUCACACACCUGGGAGCGAGGAGAGGUCUCGUACAGAGACUGGCCAGCUCAGAAAGAAUUUCCGCACCUCAAAGGCUAUAAAAAAAUUCUUGGUUUCCGCGAUGUAGUCCGCUCGAAGUACAGGUACCGUUACGGCUGGGCCGACACUUGCUGUAUCGACAAGUCCAGCAGUGCGGAGUUGACGGAGGCCAUCAAUUCUAUGUUCACAUACUACAAAAACGCUGCAGUGUGCGUCGCUUAUCUGGCUGACGUGCAGUCGUGGCCAAAAGACAUCAGCUCAAGUCGAUGGAUGACCAGAGGCUGGACAUUGCAAGAGCUCAUUGCUCCGUCACGGGUAGAGUUCUACGACUCCGCCUGGAAGUCUCUCGGAGAUUUGUCUUGGCGAAUUGCUUCGCAACUCCAGAGAUCCACAGGAAUACCUGAAAGCGUGUUGACCAAUGACUCUGCGCCCUCGGAAUGGAGCAUUGCCCAACGGAUGUCAUGGGCUUCGUCACGGCAGACUACAAGGGUAGAAGACCAGGCUUACUGUCUCCUCGGACUGUUCGAUGUCAGCCUUCCCCUUAUCUAUGGUGAAGGUGAGCGAGCUUUUGUGCGAUUGCAAGAAGAGAUCAUUCGACAGAGCCCUGACCAUUCCAUAUUUGCGUGGCAUUUCACGGGCGUCUUGAGCCUUCGAUCCGAAGCACCGGGCCAAGUCACAGGCAAAGGACGCGGAUGGGCAGGGUGA